UCCCGCCCUCCCGUGCCCUCUGACCCUCCUUUCCGGCUGUGGCUCUGCUGCGAGCGGCAGAAUGGCUCCUCGUAAGGGUAAGGAAAAGAAGGAGGAGCAGGUGAUUAGCCUGGGACCACAGGUGGCUGAGGGAGAGAAUGUUUUUGGAGUCUGCCAUAUCUUUGCUUCCUUCAACGAUACGUUUGUCCAUGUAACAGACCUGUCUGGCAAGGAAACUAUCUGCCGUGUCACUGGUGGGAUGAAGGUGAAGGCUGACAGAGAUGAGUCCUCCCCAUAUGCUGCCAUGUUGGCUGCUCAGGAUGUGUCCCAGAGAUGCAAGGAGCUGGGUAUCACUGCCCUGCACAUCAAGCUGCGUGCCACUGGAGGCAACAGGACCAAGACCCCCGGACCCGGUGCCCAGUCAGCAUUGAGAGCCCUGGCUCGAUCUGGGAUGAAAAUCGGCCGGAUUGAGGAUGUUACUCCUAUUCCAUCAGACAGCACUCGCAGAAAGGGAGGUCGCAGAGGUCGCCGUUUGUAAUUGUUUUCUGUAUGUUUCAGUGUAACUAAUAAAAAGAGUUCUUCUGA